AUGGUCAGCGUCAGCGAGGAGGUCAUCGAGAUCGAGGAUGCGCUCAGCUCCGAGGGCAGCUUUGCCAGCACCGUGGCAGGACAAUGCUGUGGCCCAGAGCACGAAUUGGACGAUCGGCAAGCUGUGCAGCUAAAUGAUGUGGCUGCCACAGCCGAGGCCAAGGGCAAAAAUAGUCCAAGCGAAUUAUCCGGUGGACAUAACUAUGCGACUAGCAAAAAUGUAGCCGAGGGUCUCAUGGACAUAGCCCUGCUCUCGGCAAAUGCAAAUCAGCUGCGCUUCCUGAUCACCUACAACCAUGAGGCUUCCACGUUCUACUGCAGCCUGGUGCUGGUCAUACUCUCGCUGGUGCUGCAGGUGCUCGUGGGCAUUGCACUGAUCUUCAAGCGCCGCCUGAAACGCUGCCGGAGUCGACGAUAUAUGCGAACCAACGAGGGGCUUGUGAUGGGCGUUUUUCUUAUCACUGUUAUCAAUGUGCUGCUGGCUGCAUUUACCACAACCGACGGACAUGCGAAUUAA